UCAUCCCUGGUAAAAGGAGAAGUUGAGCGACGAGCCGUCCAUACGAAUGGUCGCCUCUCCACCUGAGCCACAUGCAUACAGAGAGACAGGCAAACGCAUCGCAUGAGUGGCGUGUCCGGUUUGGUUCUGAUCAGUCACCCCUUGGUUUCGGUGGCUUCCUUGACGGCGCGUCGCCGUUCUUCGUGGCACGCUUCAACCCUGCAAGGUACGAAAGACACGCAUACCCAUCCAUUUCCAUCACCUUCAUCACCACCAUACCCACACUGACCGGAUAUCAUAUCGGAGCGGUAGUCAGCCAUCAGCCCCCUCAGCUCGUCAGCCGACUUGCCCGUCGCGUGCCCGACACAGACGUCGCGAUACAGGUCGAUGGUCCGCUGAGAGAGCGGCCUGCUGGUGGGCGUGAGGCACUCGUCCAUCUUGAUGGUCUCCGUGGUGGCCUUCAUGUGCACCCGCUCCACCGCUGCCACAUACUCGUCGGCAAGCUGCUGCCGGGACACCUCCCUCUCAUCACGAGCAGCCUCCUCACACUUGCUCACGAGCUCCCUCAUCUGCCUGCGCGCCUCGCGCUGAAUGUCGGGGACGAGGUGGCAGCUGUCGAAAGCCAGCAGGAGGAGUGAGCACGCGACACUAAUGAGGUCGGAGUCGAAGGUGAUGGCCUCAUCUUUGAACGCCCGGCCCUCCAGGAUGGCCACGAGGUUGUGCAGCGACGUGCAAGGGGGGCCUGGACGUGUGGUGAGGGGCCGCUGAUGCGUGGCGGUCAUGUUGCGGCUGCUCUCAUAGUCUAUGAUUGCAAUCUCGCCGGUGGUCUCAUCUAGCAGCACCACAUUAUCACCAUGCAGGUCGUCGUGGCAGAUGUCGGCCUUGUGCAGUGCGAGCACCGCCUCCACCAGGUUGACUGCAAUGGUCAACUUCAGCAGGGGCUUGACCUGCUCGCAGUUGCGCCCGAAAUCAAACAACGUGACGCCUGCACAACGGGCAACAGAGGCAGAGAGAUGGAGAGAUGGAUGGAUGGAUGGAUGGACCAGCUCUCGUAGGUCUGUCUGUUCUGUCUGUGUGUGUGCGUGGUGUGAAGGCCUCGGCUCACCGUCGCCAGCCUUAGUCAUGAUCACACAUGUCCCAGUCCCAGGCAAUCUCUCCCCCUGUUGUCACGAUCGGCCGCAACGCAUCCAAAUCCUCCACCACCGCGAGCAGCUUGGGGGCGAUGCUCGUUGUGCCCGUUGGUCUCGGUGCGUUGAGAUUGUUGCGGCGGCGCUGCCUGACGCUUGCCCCCUCCUUCUCCAUGGCCACGUUGACCUCCCCCAGUCUGGCCCCCUCCUCCUUGAGUGCGUCGCUGAGGUGCCUGGCCCGCUCCGCCCCCUCCCUCCUUUGGUCUCGAGUGAUGUACUUGAUGACGGCCUGAUGGCUGUUGUCGCCCCGUCUGAAGACUCCCGUCAUCAGCGAGAAACCUCCGCGGCCGCCCUCCAGCUCCUGCACGCACUCAAACGACGACCCGGUGUCGAUGGUGAGCACAGUUCCGGGGGCGGUGGAGGGAGUGGUGUGCGUGGGUGGUGAUGAAGAGGGCGUGGGAGGGGCGGGCACGUCUGGCGGGGCAGUUGCGGGGGAGUCGGGGGGUGGCGAUGAUCCAUUGGCUGACGACGACACGCCUGAAGAGGAAGAAAGAAGAAGAGGCAGCCACUCAUAUGAAUGAAUGAAUGCGCAUCAGCUUCAUGUAUGUACUGUACAUGCAUACCAUCAGCUUCGGCGCUCGUGUUGGGUGAGCCUUUCCCCUGGCUCGACGUGUCGAAGGUUUCUGACUGCUGGUGCUGCUGCUGAUUGUGGGCCAAAUCAUGCCCUCCUGCCACCUCCUGCUGCUCCGUCCUCCCCUCUCCGUCCCUCUCCCUCUCGACGUGCCCCUGGUGGCUGGGCGGCAGGUCCUUCUCCCUCUCGACGUGCCCCUGGUGGCUGGGCGGCAGGUCCUUCUCAAUGACAUUCGACGCAGCUGGGGUGGCCCUCGGGAUGGCGGCGAUGUUUGGGCGGACGCCGAUGGCGUGGCGCUGCGGUGCUGCUGCUGUCUGUGGGGCACGGUGGGGCGCCAUGGCGGCGGCUGGUGAAACGAAACCCCAGCCAGGGGCAUGCGCGGCCGACGCACCCGAUGCAGCGAUGGGAGGCGGCUGGUAGAAGUGCUGCUGCAUCAUGUGGGGCAGGGCCGGCAUGGCUGGCAGCGCAUACGCGCUGAUGGGCGCCGCGGUCGCACCAUACGGGUCCUGCAGAGCCCGAAGGCAAGGCGGACACACGUAUGGGUUGACGCGCGUGCGCCAAGGGGGGCCACGAGUGUGCUGUGUGCGUGGCGGUUUCCGUGCUGGCGGUCUGCACCGCUUUUGAGCGGGAUGCCGCUCGACUGGCCUGAGGGGCACAGGGGGAGGGGUCGGCCACAUGCAGAAGGGGUGUUGCUGCGGGUGCUGAUGCUGUUGAUGCUGUGGAGACAGCUGCGGCGUGUUGAGGAUGAGUGCCGCUCCGUGCUGUUGCUGAUGCUGCUGCUGCAGAGGGUGUGCCGAGGGCAU